AUGCCGAGCAAGAAACACUCACGCGGGCCGGUGUCGAAGAUCUCCUCUGCUGCUGACCCAGCGUCCUCGGGGACCAAGACGGCCGCAAACAAGUUAUCGGUGAUUCGCUCCGCCUUUUCUCCUUCUGAAUACCAGCUGGCGCUCUUUGCCUCGGUCAUUCAGGGCUUGGAUGCUCAUCAUUUACGCAUACAUGAUAUCAAUACUGGCCGGUUACGUUGCGACCAUGCUGUGAACCCGAAGGAGUCUAUUACUUCGUUGGACUGGGGAUACUUUGGCGAUUUGCAUGAUGACAGGGACCAACACUUGAAGAAGAAGCGCAAGCGGAACUCGGGUGUCAAUGGCAUUGUUGAUGUAUCAGAGACAAGCGAUGCCGUGGUCGCGUUUGGUACAAGUUCUUCGGAAAUCCGAAUGUUCUCUCCUGCAGAAGGAAAGGUUGUAGGUGUCCUUACAGGUGGACAUGAAAGAGGAAUCAGGGACUUCAGGUUCACUGUGCAGAAGCCUGCCGAAGAAGGGUGGAGUAUUGGUGGAGAUGGUAAACUCAUCCAGUGGAAUUUACAAGAUGGAAGCGUUGGAAGAGUCAUCACUUUGCCUUCCACUGCUGUUGGAGCCCUAGCAUCCCCGGUUACAUCCAACCCCCCAGUCCUAUGCGCCUCACAAACGCCAUACCUUAUAGACCUGGAAAAUGAGAACCAAAAUGGCCCAAUAUCGUUUAGUGCUAUGCGAAAUACCGUUCAUACGCUGAUAUCUUCUUCGAAUGAUCUUGCUUCCCUCUCCGAACAAUUUCUGGCUGCCGACUCGGAUCGCUACAUAAAUUUAUUUGACAUUGAAACGAGAAAAUUGCUUGGCUCAUUAGUUACUGAUAAAGAAGUUGAAUCCGUGGCAUUGUACCCUGCUACUCCAAAGUCAUCGCGGAGUAAAAAUGCUUCAACAGCCUCAAGAUCUUCAUUGUUUCAGAAACAGCUCCUGGCAGCUGUGACUCGAGAUGGAGUGGUUGAGCUAUUCUCGAAACCUUUCUAUCAUGUUAAUGAUUCUAAGUCCACAACUUUAGCCAGUCUUAAGUCUCGCCUCAAGGCUUCUACUCGUCGGUCAGAGGCGGCUAUCAAGAUCGUGAAACCAGACGCUUCUCGAACGGUUGUACCUAUAAUAUCUGUUUCUUUUGACGGUCCUGACCUUGUUGUUGCAUGGGUAGAGGCGGGUUCUAGUGUUGUUUUCGAUAGGAUACGGUGGCAGGAGGAGGAUACCGAGAAGUUAAUGCUUCAUGGCGAAAGUGAGAUCGUUCGCGGUAAAUCUGCUUCGACCAUUGGGUCAGCAAUGCUGAAUGGUGUAAAAAAUAUGGGGAAAACUCAUGUUGACGAGUCACAUGUGAUUGUGGAACAGGGUGGUGUUGCUGAGGGUGUAAAAACAAAUGGCCCCGAGGAAGAAGUUUCAGCAUCCAGUGACGAAGAGGAACAGGCUUCGGAUGAAGAGCAAGAACUCCUUGAAGCCCCUUCACCUUCUGGAGAGCUACAGAAAAAAGAAAGGGAUGAUGUUGACAUGGAGGACAUCGACGCUGAAGCACAAGAGGAAGAGGAAGAAGGAGAGCCGUCCUUUGGCGAGCUGCUACACGCUAACACAAAACAUGUCGAUGUGAUAGCGGAACUCGAGGAAGCCAACACAGGAGCCCUAGUAACAUCCCACCAACCGAAGACCCUUCAAAAAAUACCGUCAGGUCUGUCUCUCGCCACCGUUCUCUCCCAGUCCCUUAAGACCAACGACAACAGCCUUCUCGAAUCAUGCUUCCACACCACUGACGUAAACAUCGUCCGUGCAACUAUCCAACGUCUAGACUCAUCUUUGGCUGGAAUAUUACUUCAGAAACUCGCUGAACGUCUUUCCUCCCGACCAGGCCGCUACGGCCACCUAUUGGUCUGGGUACAGUGGACAUGUGUAGCCCACGGUGGCUCGAUAGCCGGAAAUACAGAGAUACUGAACCAAAUGUCUUCUCUAUUUAAAGUCAUGGAUCAGCGAUCUGCCAGUCUUCCAUCCUUACUCCUGCUAAAAGGUAAGCUAGAUAUGCUCGACGCCCAACUCAGCUUGAGACGAAACCUCAAUUCGAACCGAGAGGAACGCCGAGAAAGUGACGAGGAAGACGUCAUCUACGUCGAAGGACAAGAAGAUAUACUCGAAAGUGACGACCAAGAACGCCUUGCCAUCGAGGAUGCGGGUUCGCGGCACGCCCGCGACAUUGACAUGGGUGACAUGAGUGCUGGCGAAGAGGACGAAGAGGACGAAGAUGACAUGCCCAUGGUAGUCAACGGCGUCGCGUCGGAUUCUGAAGAUGAAGAGGGCGACGAUGAACUUAUUGACGAUGAGGCUAUCGAGUCAGACGAUGCUAGUGGGCAGGAGGGCGAGGAGGAAGAGGAAGACGAGGAAGAUGAGGCUGAAGAGCAGGAAGAUAUCGGGAGCUUGGCUGACUUCAUCGCUGAUUCGGAUGAAGACUCAGAGGCGGCGCUUGAGGCUCCUGUGCCAGUAAAGAAGCCUAAAGUUAAAAAAAGCAAAUCGAGGGCAUAA